AUGGCAGCCGUGUGCCUCCUCAUUGGCGGGGAGUUCGUCGAGUCGGGCGCCGACGAGCACGUCGACGUCACCAACCCUGACAAGCUUGCAGAGAACAUCACUACAGAGCAGGGGAAGACGCUGAAAGAUGCUUGGGGUGACGUGUUCCGUGGCCUAGAGGUGGUGGAGCAUGCUUGUGGAAUGGGAACACUGCAAAUGGGCGAAUAUGUAUCAAAUGUUUCUAAUGGGAUUGACACCUUCAGCAUUCGGGAGCCACUUGGUGUUUGUGCUGGGAUAUGCCCAUUUAAUUUUCCUGCUAUGAUUCCCCUAUGGAUGUUUCCCAUAGCAGUUACAUGUGGCAAUACUUUUGUCCUUAAGCCAUCCGAAAAGGACCCAGGGGCUGCUAUGAUGCCUGCAGAGCUAGCAAUGGAAGCUGGUUUGCCCAAUUGGGUUCAGUUCGCCAAAGAUCACCGCCGAGAGCCUGUUCAAGAACCUCACCCAGGAGAAGGCACUGAUGUUUCCCCAGAAUGA